AUGAGUAGCAAUACACCGAGUUCCACGUCGUUUUUCUCGUUUGGUCCAAACGAUAGCUUUGUAUCUAAAAGCGCGGCGGGACUACAGUAUCUCCAAGACCAGCUCCUCAGUCGAGCCGUCUCAGAAGUCCACUGGGCCGUCCUAGGCCCCACGCCCGAAUCCUGGGUGCUCAGCUCCAAAGACAGCGCCGGCAAGAGCAGUUUAAAAUGGGGUUCCUCGGUGCCUUCGCGGCUGCAGACGGUGCUGAAUAAAACAUGGCACUCGCCGCAUCUCCGCGCGUUUCUCGGCCCAGACGACGGGUUCCUGGUCUGGCACCCCGACCUUAUUCGCUGGGGUAAUCUGCCUACGGCGCUCGAAGACGCAUUGCAGUCGUGGCUGACGCCGUCGGGAUGGCGGGUUGGGCCACCGAGGAUGGUGACGUGGGGACCUGAAGGAGCGUUUUUCGCCAUGAGCGAGUAUGGGGAUGUGGUGUUUAAGCUUGGUGAGGGCGAUGCGUGGGAGAUUUAUAAAGAGACGGUUGAGGAGUGGAAGGCGGAAAAGGGGUUUCAGUGGAAUCAGCUGUCGUAUAUUGCGCUGGAUCCUUCGAGCGCGGAUCAGUUCAUUGCCGUGAGGAAGGAUGGGACGUGGGCGGGUUCGAUUGAUGACGUUAAUGAAGAUGCGCUUGAGGGGUUUGCGCUGAAUUUCUUUGCGAAGGCGAAGAGUAAGCAUAAGAGUAAGCAGAGUACGUCGGAGCCGGGCGGUGGAUUGCCGCAGAAUGGGACGCAGGAGUCAGAGGAAAAGAAGAAGGAGGCGGCGACUAAGGCGCUGUAUGAGAAGUGGUCGGUUGAGACGGCGAGUAUGUUUGCGUCGGCGGCGGCAGCUUCGGCAGGCCCGAAACAGAAAACUCCAAGAAAGAUACAGGUUCGUUCGCAGUCGACUAGUUCGGAUUCGCCACCGCCAUUGCACAGGUUACCGUCUUCUUCUUCUUCGCCGAAGCUGUUCACGAUGUUCCCGUAUCUGCCGGGCAGUCUCACUACGUGUGCGCUGCCGGCGUGCAAGAUGCUCAAGCUGGAAGAGAAUAGCAUACACGCCUGUCAUCAUGAUGUGGAGAAGCUGCUUCGUGCGAGUGGGCUAUAUAGUUAUGAGUGGCUACGUCAAGAGCGAUUACGAUGGCAUCCGGAUCGGUUUGGGAGACUAUGUGCGGAGGAGUGGAGAGAGACGGGGAAGAAGCUUGCGGGUGAGAUGUUCAAGCUUAUGAGCGUUUUGAUGGAGGAUCUCAAGGGAGAUGUGGGGCAAGGGGGUAGUAGAGGUUCGUAG